AGGGUGAAUCUGCAAAAAGGCCACCGAAUCCCACUCUUCCUCCUCGCCUCGCCUCGCCCGCUCGCCUCCUCGCGGAGGAAGAAGAAGAAGAAGAAGAAGAAGAAGAAAUUCCUCGAGAGGAAAUCGAUCCAUCGCGUUCGCGGCGGGAUCCGCAUCCUCGCCGCGCGCGGAUUCUCGGCGAGCUCAUCCUCCUCCUCCUGCGGCGGCGGCGGCGGCGGCUGCUGCUGAGGCUGCGGUUGGUGGGAUCUUGGUCGAGCACACCGGGGGGGAGAGGGAGAUGGCCAGCGGCGGCGGCGGCGGCGGCGGGAUGGAGGCGGUGGAGGUGAGGUUCCGGCUGGACGACGGCUCCGACAUCGGGCCAAGCAUGCACGACCAGGCCACCACCGUCACCGCGCUCAAGGAGUUCGUCCUCGCUCGGUGGCCGCAGGGUAAAGAAAUAGCUCCAAGAACAGUUAAUGAUGUGACUAUCAUCAAUGCUGGACAGGUACUAGAGAAUAACAGAACCCUUGCUGAGUCUCGAAACCUAGCAGCAGAAUCUCCAGAAGGUCCGAUCACAAUGCAUGUUGUUGUGCGCAGAAGUCGACCCGAGAGAAGGGUGAAGCAGCCGCCGAAAGCACGACCACCCGAGCGGAUCGGAUGUGGAUGCACAAUAUUGUGACGUCGAUGCCAGCUGCAAUGUGUACAUUGGUGCCCAAGUUCACAGCGAUUACAAGUUCAUUUUAACAAUCGUCGUCGAUUCAUGCACUUAUUCUUCGAAAUUUAGGGAGAAUUUGGUUAGCAGUUUUUAGCACUGGGCCAUGUCCGCUUUGUUAUGGUGAAGUUUUCCUGUGACUUUUGUGAGUGUUCAUAGGGGCCUCUCGGCCGUAAAACCUUUUGUGACGAGUACAAGUGUGCAGGAGGCAACGGAGACCUGGAUGCUUGCUGUGCCGCUGUGAUUUUAGACGUGAGUAGGAUAAGGGAAACGAGAUCUGCUGCUACUUUGCGUCUAUACAUAUGAUAUACUACUGGUAGUAAAUGUCGAGAUGCUAUUCUCUCGGUUGCUGCUACUUAUAUAUAGUUGUAUACCACAUGCAUAUCGCAUGUAAAUUCUGUAAAGUUACAUUGAUCUGGUUCAGAGGUGGAUGAAAACGUCCAAGGGUUUGGUUUGGCAGUU